AUGGGUGGCCUACCAGGAGCUUUAGGCUCCAGCCGACAUAGCUCUAAGGGUCAGUGGAACACUCAAGCCACAUCACCACUACAAGGUGAUGAUCGCAGCGAUGUAGGAACGCCUGAGCAGGCGUCUUGUUUAAUAUAUUCAAGGCCGUCUAUCUUCGCUGUAACAUCUCGUUUUGUUCCUUGUGUUCCUCAUAUUUUUUAGAUAUCGCACGUAGCAUUCUUCGCUCGCUAGCUGUUCAUCGGCAUAAAGGCAUGCAUCAUAAUCGCCUAAAAUUUCGCUAUCAACUGCUUCUAGAGUUCCAAUUUCGUGACUAGUAUCAUUUGAUUCAUCCUCUAUAAUAUACCCAGGAAUAUAAUUGCAUUCUGAGUCACAUUGAGAACCAUGAGUGCUGGAAAACAUACGUCUUCCCAAUAGCUUUUUAGUACUCCUUCACAUGUGAAUUCGAACUUCCGUCCAUGCCACGUCACACGGCUGUCGCCCCAGACCCUUUUCCGAUUUUUUCUCGUGCUCGACAAUUUUUCGGUAAAAGCCAAUUUUUCAAGGUUUAGAGCCGCAUAUCUCGCGAAUGAAAAGAGAAAACCGAAAAAUGUUAAAGAACCUAUUAACUAACUUUUUGUCCGGUAUUCAAAUAUCAAAAAAAAAUUUUAUGACAUAAGCACUUUAAAUUACUUUUUUUUAAUUCUGGCAGGACAACUAUUAUGGGGGGUUUUCCUCCCAACUGCAAAUAAUGUUUUCAAUUUUUGGAUUGGGACUAUUCUACAAUGAAGUACUUUUGGAUAAUGUAAUCUAAAUACAUGUGUAUUGAAGAAGUGGAGAAGAAGAUGAAGAAGUGGUAUUUAUUGGGCAAAGAAGCGGCGAUCCAUUGAAUGGCGCCAUAUUUCACGAAAUAUGGAAGGACACAAUAUCGAAGAUAAAAUACACUCCAUGGUUUCAAAGCUUGAUGAAACCUUCUUUGAAAUCUUCUUCAACCAUUUAUGAUUAUGUAAAAGUACAACAACUGUACGAUAUUUGCCAGAUUCGGCGAUAAAAAGCAAACAAGACGGCAACAUAUGGCUGAAAUCGUGUUUUCGUGGGGAGUAAGUGAAUAAAAUGUAUUUAUAUUUAAAGAAAACAAUGACAAUCCUUAUGAAAUUAAUAAUAUUUAUAUUAAAUUAAGCAUAGUUUUUCACCCCAUGAUAAUUUUUUUUAGGAACUAAGAAAAUUUAAUUUCUGCCAAGCAUAUUAGUUAUUUUAUGUAAAUUAGCAAUUUACAUUGGCUGGUGCAUGGUCAUUUUCUUGUAAAAUAUUAUACUUAGACAAAUUUUUCCUUCCAAUGACCACCCCUAAAAGCAACCCUUCUAAACACUAUAAGCACUUCAGAAAGACUAUCGCUUUUCGUUUUCGGAAGUUAGAGCUAUGUCGACACUGCCGUUUCAGGACGGGCUCAUUUUCAGGACUUUCUUCCGGAUUCAGGUUUUGGCACAUAUGCCAUGUUGACCGUCAUGGUCAUUUUACCCUAAAACAGUUGAGAUUACCUGUGCUAAAUGAAACGCAGACAAACUCAUUUACAGGUCCUAGACUUUUGGUAGCCUGUGUUGCAGUGUCAGAAUAAUUUGAAACUGCAUGGUUUUUCGUAUCUCUGAGGAUUUGAGAGGAUGGUUCUGAAAUAGAAUUGAAACACUGCGCGUCCUCUAAGACAAGCGUUACGUUAAGUCGUCACGAAAAUAUUUCGUGCACUUAAAUUGGAUAAGACUCGCUACCAAUCCCCGUUGACUCGAUAGCUCAAUGGGUGGAGCGGCGGUCUAGACACCCGAAGAUGCGGGUUCAAAUCCCGCUCGAGCCAACGUUUUCUUCGUUGGUAUAUUGCAGUGCAAGAUUAAUAUGAGAUUGGUUUUUCGUAUAACAUACGUUCCACGAUGCAUUCCUUCACCGUGUCGUCAUAAAACAUGAACGUUUCUACUGGCUUCUGACCGUCUUUUCAACUUCCGGGGAAGACACUCUACUGAUUUCGGUAAUAUUUCGGAACAAAGUCUAGCACCUUCGAUACCAUUGUGUUCAAUGAUCAUGAUAUUUUUGUGUGUGUUUUGAUGUUAUGUACUCAGGUGAAUAUAAUGUUCUUUGAUGUCACUCUGAGUGCACAUUCAUACUGGGCAAGGUGAAAACUUAGCCUUACCACUGUGGGAAUCGAACCCGUGACCUUUGGGAUACUACACAGCCAGAAAUCUCACAGGCCUGUCGCAAGCUGUUGAUUUACCGGCUUGCGGCAAGUUGUCAACAAGUCGCGACAGGUCUGUUGGUUUCGUCAGGCGGUAACAGGCUUGCGGUAACAGGUCUGUCGCAAGCUGUUGACAACAGAGCCGUAGCGACUUGUUGAAACAACCCGCUACAAACCUGUUACUAACAAGAGAUAACAGGUCUGAUACAACAAUUUGCAGCAAGUCUGUUGAAAUCAACAGGUCUGUUACAACCUGUUCCAACAGACCUGUCGCGAGUUGUUUUUGUCAAGUCUGCAGCAAGCUUGUUAUCAGACCUGCGACAAACCUGUCCACAACAAACAAUUUUUUUCCUGUCACAACAAGUUUCAACAAGCCUGUUGUAGGGAAACAAAUCGAAAAUGUGAGUAAAGAGAUAUAAAAUCGCACGAAAUGGACACUUCCGGCUUCACUUUCUCAUUUAAUCAUUGUCAUUGGUGGCGAUAUUAAAUCACAUAGGAGAGAUUAUAGUCCAUAGUAUAUAUUCUCUGAUUAUUAUAAAAUGCAAAAGCCGCUGUUUUAUUUUUUUUUAAAAAGUUCCGAUUUCCAAAAUCCAAAUUCCAAUUUGCUGACGUGUGCUAUCGCUAUAUUUCUUUAACCUGAUUGGAUAAACGCGUGUGCACACGUCAUCAUUCCUCGUUGCAAUUGGGCGAAAUAUUACAAACAUAUCAAUCACGUAAUCAUGUUUAGUUGUUUUUGAAUUUUGAGCCAAACAAAAUUUCAACAACUGCCUCAAACAAAAUCAAACAAGUUCAAAGCUGUUUUGAUUUUUGAAGAAACUGUAGCAAUGAGAAUACAAGAUUUAGAGCUUAAGAAAUGAACAAUACAUGAACAACCGAGUGUUCACUGCAACGUUCGUCAUUGCUGAUAUGAACAUGAAAUUCGUUAUAUAAUUUCUUUCCAAUUUCAAGUGAAAUCUGCGAGCGAGGAAGACGCCUUAUUGAAGCUUUGUGUUUAUGGUAUGUACUGUUUUGAAGAAAAAGAUGCAAGUAGGUUGUCAUAUUUCGGUCGUACUUCAAGACAAAUAAUUUUGAAAAUUGUUUACGAUAAGAACCUUUCUUGAAUUGUCGUAUUUUUUCGGCUGUUUUGCUCAAAAAUUAUCUCGCAAGUUUGUUUAUAAAACUUUAUAUUCAUAUAUAAAAAUUAUCUCGCAAGUUUGUUUAUAAAACUUUAUAUUUCAAACUUCUAUUUCACGAAACACUACAACCGAAAUAUGGCAACCUGUUUGGCCGUUUUUUGUUCAAAAUAGUGGAUACACAAGCUUCAUAAGGCGCUUUCCUCGGUUUGCAACAGGUCUGUCGCAAGUUGUUGAAAACAGCAUUGCUGCAGCUCUGUCACAACAGCUUUUAACAGACCUGUUGAAAACAGCAUUGCAGCAGCUCUGUUACAACAGCUUGUAACAGACCUGUUGAAAACAGCAUUGCAGCAGCUCUGUCACAACAGCUUGUAACAGACCUGUUGACAGGCCGUUGCAGGUCUGUCAGAACAGACAGGUACAAGGCGAGCGAACGCAUCCAGAUAUCGGCUUGUUGACAACAGGAUUUAACAGAUCUGUUGCAGAUCUGUUCCGACUUGCGCGUUUCUGGCUGUGUACACUUGGGCAUAGCAAUGUGACAUACACCUUUGGUUACGGCGGGGAUUAUUAUAACUGCACAUACAUGUACUCUAGAUAAACUGUGUUUUUGUUUUGCUUGUUAGGUUGUAAUCAAAGGUUUAUACAGCUCAGAAAAUAAUGUGCAACAAAGUUUUGACACUCCAGUUAAAGUAAGGACUAGCUGUUUAUUCACACUCGAUCUUCUUUGUUUGAAGUAUUUACAUUUGGCAAAUACCAUGUUUGUGAAUAUAAAAACUAAGUAAUGGUGCAUAGUUGAGGAACCAAUCGGAAUGCAGGAUUUUGAUUGGACGUCGUUGAGUGGAUACUAAAAUUUGCAUAGACACUAUUUCAACCUCGUUCCCAGUCACAAGAGGGAAGAGCCUGGGAACGAGGUUGGAUUGUUUUCAUCGUGUAACCAUGUAUGUAUGUACAGUAGUACAUAAUUUAUAGAGUUCCAGUACAUGUAAUAUUAUAGUGUACGUUGAUCAAUUAUAAGUUGUGUGAGUUACUCCAGUACUUCCUCUGUUUUUUUAUUCACCUUUUUCUGUAUGUGUUUAGGCUGUAGCAUUAGACCCAGAAUUUUCGAAGAAAAGCGCAAAACCGUUUGUGACUGGUGGAGAUAAGGUGAACUAUGAACGAAAAUCUACUAAUUUUACCGUAUAUCUGCCCUGCAUUUUCAUAUGAUGAACCUAUUUAUAGUAUAAUAGAUGAUAAUUAAAUUAAUUCAGAAAAUCAAUUUAUUAAUUUAUUAAUCAAAAAAUCAGAAAAUCAAUUUAUUAAUCAGAAAAUUAAUUUAUUCCUCUAUUCAGCUCGUACUUCAUGAAAAAGGAUUUUUCCGAUAUAAAUCGACAGUACUACAUGGUGGUGAAGGGGUAAUCCGUACUAUACGAUGGAGAUCAUGUUACAUUGCCUGGGCAAAUGAUUUGGUAUGUAUAAUUUAUGUUAAACAAGUUGUAUUUCGACCGUUCUCUAAACCGUCAAUGCUUGUCUUAAUAUACACUUCAUUUAUUUUCCUUGAAUUUUACGUAGGGUGUCAAAGUGUAUGAUGUUAGUUUAAAGCAGCUUAUAACUAAUAUACGAAGAGAACCAAACAGGUGCUUUUUUCAUAUAUCAUAUGUUCUAAUAUUCAGUGCACCGGAUAGUGCUUUUUGCUAUCCGGCCGGAUACUGUAGUUGUAAAAUAUCCGGCCGGAAACCGGAUAUUUUGGAUAAAAAUUCAUACAUGCCAGAUAUGAUUUAAUAACCACAUAAGGCAUGGCAUCCCAAUGUUGUUUUUGCAUGUGCUGUUUAUUUGUUAAACAUGUUAGCUAACAAAAGUACGUUCAAUUUUUUGUGUCAAUGUUUUUUGUAUUAUUUUAGAAGUAACAGAUAUUGAAUAGUACGCUUCACAAACUAUCCGGUUUAAGUUAAAUUGAUAUUCAAGUCGCUUAUAGAAGAAAUAUCCAUGACAACAUACAUGAAAACCUUAAUUCUUCGUAAAUCACGACAAAAAGUGCAACCAACACUUCUAAAUUGCCGUUUGCGUACCUGAAAAAUUUAAUAUCCGGUAUCCGGCCGGAAAGCUUCAAUUAUCCGGCCGGAUAGUGCGAUUUUCCCACUAUCUGGCCGGAUACACUAUCCGGUGCACCCCUAACUAUGAUGUCACAUUGCAUAAUGACUUUCUUAAAAAGCCUGAAGAUCUUGUGCAUCAAAAUAAAAAAAGAGUGAAACAAAUUUGUGCAAUUUGACGUCAUAGUCAGGAUAAUUUGCAUAUCAAACGUUAAGCUAAGUUAAUUUGGCAAAGUAUCAUUUUGCAUUUUCUUUAUACAAUGCAAUCAUAAAAAAUGGUUUGAAAUUUCGUUGCAUAACAGAUCCUUAAUAACGCUAAACCAAUCUCGACAUAUGUUCAUUUUUAGUCCAAGACCUCAGGUCUACCGUUGUAAUUUGUUUUGGAAAGACAAUACCACGUUGAUUGUUGGUUGGGCAAACAUUGUUCAGGUAAGCUAAAAUUCCUUGUUAUGCGUAGUGGACAAGAUUUUAGAAGUGAAAUUAUGUGUUAAUGAAAGUCACUUGAAAGUGAUACGCAACUUGAUCACGCUACUUUAGUUUAUUUCAAAGGAACUUCGAUAAAGUAUUAAAACAGUGUUUAACAUCACUUUUAAAAGCUUGCUUUUUAGCUUUCGCAUCAACCAGUCGCAUGCAGCUUAUAGAACAUCGUUAAACAGAACGCAUUUACUUGCUUCGCGGUUCUUUUUUCUUAUUUUCUUUUUUUCAAGACUGGCUCUACGAUAUAUUGUUUUCCAAAAGGGGAAACAGCUUGAUGCAUGGGAGAGUUGACGAUAGUCAAUGUGACAGACAUCAAUGGACUUCUUCAGGCAGUCUUUGUACCGUAAUGAAAGCUUUUCAGUCAGAAUAUUUAAAAAGUCAUGUCAAUUUGCACCACAGGACAGAGCCCUGGAUCAUGCGCAAAACAAGUGCACCGCAAGCGAGCGUGAAAACGUACUAUUUUUCAAUCGAUAUCAAGGUUUAUGAUUCCGCACAAACAAACUAUAGCAGACUAACAAACUCACGCAGCGAAUAUAAAGUGAUGCCAAACUUUGUUUUGGGCACUGCAAUAUUCCGGGUGAGCAACUUCAUUAAAUAGUUGGGGUGUGGAAUGGCAUUGAGCCACUGUACAGCUAUUAAAUAUUCAGCUUGAGCGACAGUCAUUGAACAUUAAACCCUGGUGUCCAUAUCUUAUGUGUCGAACUGAUAAAAUUAUGGGUUCAAGGCUAAUUCCAUAUACUAAAUUUUAGCUACUGCAUGUGCCAACAUAUCUCAGUUCUGAUUAUUGCAUUUGGAACCGUUUAUUUCUCAAGAUAUGAAAAUUUACAUCUCGAAGGAAAUUGAGAGGUUAACCCUUCAUGAACAAUUCCCUUAAUUUAUGUAAUAAUUUAUGCAUAUACCUAAUAUGUGGUUAAGAGUUAUUAAAAAGUUAUAUAUUUAAAUAGAACAUCCAAUUUAGACACUUAAAUAAUCUUUUAAAUUCUUCUUAAAUGCGUUAAAAUUAUCUGCAUGCUUCUGCAAUAUGUUUAGGCAGAUUGUUCCACAUUUUAACUAUAUUUUUACAAAUAAGUGUUUGUAACAAUUUACUCAUGCCGAUUUUACAUAUUGUCAUAUAGCUUAAACUUGUGCUUUGCUCUAGUAUGUGAUAACUUUGCUAUUCAAAAUAGUCAUCAAAGUUUACAUUGUCAGUUACAGCUAGUAUACCAAAAACUAUUUUGUAAUAUUCGAUGUGCCAGAGUCGUUCUCAAUGCUCAUCUUCGACACAGCAGUAUCGACUUGUUCAACACUCUAGGUUCGGUACCUUUUAUGUUGAGGCUGAUGUUAAUCGUUGUCUCGUGGCGUCGUCUCAUGGCAUGUCUCAUGUCAGAUUACAUCGAGGAUCUGCAUGUUGAUAUUGAACGGUGAUCAACAUAAAAGAAACACUCCAGCGCUCUUUAUACAAUUUUACCACCGAGGUAUAACGAAGUUAUUAGGGAGCUUAUAAGAUACCCCAAAUCUACGACGCGGACGUGACGAAAAAUAUGGAUUGUUGUUGGUAAACAAAGCCAGGGACACGAGAAAAACAAAGUAAAACUAGUCUCCCAUUAUUAGCGACUGUUUUUUAGUCACGUCCACGUUGCAGAUUUGGUGCAUCUUAAGCUCCCUAAUGAAUUAAGGAGGGUGCACAUUUUCGGUAUCCAUGCACAGCCAAAUACUGCAACUACUUACCUUUUAAAUUACGAACCUGCAGUGCCAUAUACAUUUUAAAGAAAUAAUUAUACCGGAAGCUUAAGACUAAUCAACUUAGCGAUAUAAGGUUUUUAAUCCAUUUUUAGAUAAUCUUUUAUAUAGACAUUAUAUAUGUAGAUAGCAUAUUCUAUAUUAGGUUUUACUGUUGUUUAUACAAAGCAUAUCCUGCGGACUCUAGCAAAUCUAUUAUGUUCUAAACCCGUUAAAUAAAGUUUAAAUAAAAAGAAAAAUGAAAUGAUUAUAUGCUAAUAUAAUCACGCUCGAUCGCAGAUAAAGUUGGCGAGCCAAGCUUUUUAGAUCUGUCUUCAUAUGUGAUUUCACCUCGACGCUGGUUUAGGGCUAAUCUGGAAGCCCUUCUCUGAACUUUCUCUAUUUCUUGAAUAUUUUUAACUAGAUAGGGGUUUAAUUUACAAGUGAAUUAUACAUCAAGGAUGUAUCUAGUUGCAUGUUUUUUAAAUUUUGUCUUUAUAAAGGUGUGCAAUGUUAAAGAAAGGACAAAAACUACUGUGACACAAAAUCCAGAACAUAAAUUUCUUCCAUCAAAAUAUGUGGAGAUAGGUAUAACUACUGUAAAAAUUAUUAUUGGAAAAAUGUGAUUAAUGAUUAUUGAAAGCGAUUGUUUUUACGUUUUGUGAACAUGAAUAUAUGAAUAAACACCCCCAAUUAUCGCGUCUAGUUACUGCCCUGAUUAUGGUGUGGAUAUAUGAUAUUGCGUAAAAUGUGAUCAUUACUUAUUUAUAUAAUCCUGUUUUUGCUUCAAGUUGGUAUGAUACCACUGGAUUAUUUUAUUUCUGGAAUUGGACCAUUUGAUAACGAUCUGGUGAGGGUAGUUUUUGUUAAUGAUGCUAUCUAUAUGGUAUAAAUGUUUUAGGCACUAUUUUUCUAUAUCAAUAUUGUACUAAUAAUAUAUUAUAUACUCUUACUGUUGUUCAAUUUUGAUGUGUAAUUAAUCCCCUUACGAGCUUUUGAGUCACUUCAUUGGCCAUUGUUCCAGGAUUUUCUUGAACGGAACUUAUUUACAGAAUUGAUGGACAUACUCAGUUAAUUACAACAAUAUAUAUGUUUCUGAUUUCCAUUUUAUUUUCAUCAAUGUUUUCAUUUCCUUGUACUAUCCUAAUACUCCAACGUCUAACUAAUUUUUCAUUUUUAAUUUGUAGAUUAUUUUAACCUACUCUGUGGAUGAUAGUACGAACGAGGGCGAGGUGUGUUGAAAUAAUGAAAUCAAUAAUGGGUGUUUGUUCGACCGCUGUAUCUAGUAUACUGCAUGUACGCUGUAUCUGUAUGAUGGACAUGUAGUAUACUACAUGUACAUAUCUUGUGGCUUUAUUUCUUGUUAUUAGCUUUAUUUCUUGUUAUUUUUUUUAUGUGUGCAUAAUUAUUUUUGGUAGGUGAAAUUGUACCGUGUUAAAAUAUUGUUCAUAAUCCCCGAGCCAUGCCAGCGCCGUUCCGGCCAUAAGCCCGGGGCGAGGGUACUAAUUCCGUCCGGCUACUUACACCCGGGGAAAGGAAAGCAGUAGCGAAGUCUAAAGUUCAUCAAUGAUCGCGGGCAUGGGUCACUGUGCGUGGAAGGUCAUCUCACUGAUUUCAAAAUAUGGCUGUUUGCCAGGAGUGAAGAAGGCAAAAAUAUGAAAAAUAAGAAAGCCCGGAAAAUCGUUUCACAUAACAAGUUUUAAAACGUUUUUCAUUUUUUAAACGUAAACAUUUAUAAGAAUUGAUUUAUGUAGUAUGAAAAAUCCUAAAGUAUAGGGCAAGUUUGUUUCAAUUGUUUGCGUGUGAUUUUGUAUUAUUAAAUAAAUAUAGACUUUGUUCUUGUUGUUCAAUUAGUCUUUCGUAUGCAUUGUAUGCGAAAGUUUCUUAGUUAAAUUAACUUUUGUAGAAGUUCAUGACAAAAAGGAAAGCAGAUUAUGUUCACAAGCGUCCUGUAGGAAUUAAAUUUAUUUCAUAUCAAAGUGCGAGUAAUAAGUUGAAGCUCGAAUUGAAGAGUUUAUUAGCUUAAUAUCGGCAAAAAGCAGUUAAUUUCAAUUCACACUUAAAAAUGUUUUACAUGCAUGGAGUUUCGUUUUGAAUUUUACAUUAAAAUAAAGCCCAUACAUAGAAAGCAAAAUAAUUAGCUACUUUAUAUAUUUUAUAAGUUGAUAUUUCUGUAUUUAAAAGUGUUCAAGUUUCAUCUAUUUUUUGCAGGUUUGUACAAAAGGUUUAAAAAACAAUUAUCGUGUUGCCAUGACUAACAUGACGCGACAUAAUUCCAAUUUUUGUUUAUCGAUUUUAUGAUGUACUUACACUUAUCAUAUAAUUUCUUGAAGAGUAAAGCUGCUCGACCUCUACUACGAAUAAUAUCGACAUCUAGUACGGAAAAAUAUGAGGAAAUUAUGGCCGACGCCCUUUCAGUGAGAGGAUUUGAAAACUACGACUGCAAUCAUUAUCAUUUAGGUAAGUGGUUUAAAUAAUUUGAGUUGCAAUAAUGGUUUUAUGUCACAAUAGAUAAAAAUAGGCGGAAUGAAGAAACAUUUCAAACAUAAUAUGUUUACCGCCGUAGAUAUAUUGAAACUUAAAGACGAAAAUGGCGUUCAAAAGAAAUUAAGAAAUGAAAUUGGUGCUGUACGUGUGUUGUAUUUUUUUAUUUUUAGAACCCUUGCCUGAAGAAAGUUUAUUUUUUAUCAUUAGUCCAAAAGACAUUGUUUUGGCAAAGGUGUGUAUCCGUUUUAUUUGUUCUGACACAGCAACGUUGCUCAAAUUUCCUAUAAUAUAUUCGUCAUAUCUUUAUCUUAACAUCAUAUCUUGUGGCCUUAUUUCUUGUUAUUAGCCAAGGGAAACUGAUGACCAUAUUGACUGGCUAGUUGAACACAAAAUGUUUCCAGUGAGUAUAUACAUGAUCAGAAGCAGUUGUCAAGAAUACAGCCCCUCUGUUUGAAAGGAACCCCAUGUAGUAUUUAAUUUUUACUCGAAAAUAAUAUUUUAUAGGAAGCCCUCAGUUCGGUAGAGGUGAACCAAAAAGUCCUUAAACGUAAUAAUUAUCUGGUAAGUAUGAACACGGUACUACUUUCGGAUAUUCGAACUUGAUAUUCAACUUGAUUUUCGAAUGAAAUAUUGAUAUAUUUGUAGGAUUUACACUAAACUAAAACCAAACCAGCUUGAUUUAUAUUAGGUAGCUCUAUUAGGUCUAUCUGAAUUCUGAACAGAAUUAUUCUUGCAUGACGGUUAACCUUUCAAGUGGCAAUGCGCCCUGAUGCGCCCAAGUUUAUUAUUUUACUGUCUAACAUCAGAUUAUUUUACUUUGUCUAAUGCCAGACGAUUUCUUAAGUACAGUACGAUCUUCCUUCGUUCAUGUUAGGAUAUUGGACGUCAAUAUCUGAGGCAUUUAAAGUCAGUAGGAGAAUAUGAAGAAGCAGCAAGGUAUAGCUACAGUACAUAUUAUGUGAAUACAUGACCAGCUAAUGUGCGGAAGAUUAUUAGGUUACUUACUGUGGGUGGUCAGAGAGACAAAAUGCAGAAAUUGUAGGAAAAUAUUAAUAUUAAGAAUCGACCAGUGCAGACAACCUUUCCUCUCUAUAAAGGAUAAAAUGGAUAUCGUUAAUUGGCCAUUUCCCAAAGUUCUCGGUCUAGUCGCGCGAAUCCCAUGUUGGAGGGACAAUAAAUAUGGCAGCACGCAUUUAAAUUAAAAGUUUAAUGUAAAAAGGAGAUAUUUCAUUUUUGGUUGUCUAAAACGUUGAUAUUUGAUAGCAGAUACUUUACUCUUUCACAUAUGUAUUUGACGCCUGUCACCAUAUAUUUUGUCCCUCCAAACGACCUCAGAAUACACUGUGAUCUCUUUUGGGAAAAAGCCAAUUACAAUCUGACAUAAAUUAUUUUAUUCCCAUUUUUAAAUGCAAUUUUAGAUUUGCUAUUCCAUUCAUUUUUUUGUUAAAUGCAUUUGGUAGGAAAUUAACACCCGCCCUCGCAAACACAAAGUGUGCAUUAACCCCCUGUCUAUAAUUAAUGGAUCCAUCCCUAUGUAGGUUACAAUGUAGGCUUUACUCAAACAAUCUUCCCAUACAAAUUUAUAGAGUAUAUCAUGCUUAGCAAUCGUUUCCUAUAUUUUGUUAUUUUAGAAUGUGUGUUAAAGUUUUAGGCAAUGAUACAAGUCUUUGGGAAGACGAGGUUUAUAAUUUUGCCAAGAAUCACCAACUGCGCGUAAGUACAGUAUUACAGCAACACGGUGUUUUGAAUUAUGUGCAAUUCUAAUUACCGGCCCAGUGUAGGUAGAGACGAUAACAGACAGGCAAGGGUCUACUUAUAUUUGUCGUGUCGAAGGUCUGCUUAUAUUCUUCCAGCAUAUCUCCUUCACACCGCAGCUCCCAAUUUUAAAUAAACAAUAUAAUUAUUAUAUGCAUCACAUGAAAGAGUUUGGUUGAUUAACAAAUACGUAAUAAUGAAGCCAUCUUAAUUGUUUUUCCCCAUUUAUUUUAGGCAAUUGCACCGUACAUCCCUCGUAACCCUAAAGAUGUGAACAAACUGAGCAGCACUAUUUAUGAGAUUGUCUUAAACGAUUUCCUGCAGAAAGAUGUUAAAGUAAGCCAUUGAUGUUUCACAUUUAUACUCGCAUGCUAGUUUACUAACUAAUGUUGCGAUUAAUUCUUAAUUUGCUUUUUUCAGGGAUUCCAACAACUUAUAAAAGAAUGGCCAUCAGAAUUAUAUAAUAUUAGACCCAUCAUAGUUGCACUAAAGGUGGGCUUUAGUUUUAUUUUAUUUUCAAACACUAGCUAAAACGGUACCUCUUACUGUGUGUGCUCCAGUAGUAUAUUCGUUAGCUAAUUGGUGCGGCAUCAAGCAAAGUCACUUUUAAUCAGUCCCAUGAGCUGUAUUUUGGUGCAAAAUUGUGAAAAUAUGAAAUACUGCAACUAUCAUUUUUCUUAGGAUAAACUACUGAAAGAUCCCAAGAAUCCAAUCCUGUUGCAGUGCCUUGGAGAACUGUAAGUGUCUUGUACCCUUAUGUUUGCAAUCGUGUAUACUUAUAUGAUACGGUAUCAUAAUGUCCUAUAAUAGUUUGUCUUGAAAAGCAAAUUGUGUUUUCUUCAACAUUUUAUUUUAUUGUAUAUUUCUAAUCUAGGUAUACUUCGCAGGGUCGUUAUGAUCUAAGUCUGGCAAUCUAUUUGGAGUAAGCUGUUCAUAUAUAACGUUGUAGCGUGUAUCGUGGUAUAACUAAAACUUAAAAGCUUCAUCCGAGACACAGUAACGUUUUUUAUAUACCAUUUUAUUUCAACUGCAUAUAGAAUAUCAUUUUUCUUUGAAGGUUAAAAUAUGAUGGUGUAUUUGAAUUGAUCCAUAAGCACAACCUGCUGGAUUCCAUUCACGACAAAAUUGUGAUGCUGAUGAAUUUUAAUAAAAAGGUAAAUGCAGUGAACUGUCAUUAUAAAUACUUAAGGCUGUUUUCAACUAGGUUCAAUCGUAUCGUAAAUUCGUAGCUUUUUCUUUUGUGUCAAAGUUAUCAGUUCCUCUCAAAACAAUAGGUGCUCACAACGCUACUACUCAAUACGCUACUCGAACAGUCGUUAAACUGCUUUCAAAGCGACUAAAAAGACUACCAAAGCCAUUUUAAUUCCCUUUUCAUUCAGACUUCAAAGUUGCAAAGAGCGUCUCAGUAAAAUGUUGUAAUAUGUCAGAUUAAUAUGUCAGUAUGUAUAACAUGCCAAGUAUAAUAUGUCCGAUGUUUCUGUAAUGAGCACCUGAUGUUGAUAGUGUUCAACUUGUUCGAAUAAAUAAAUCCAGCAACGAAAACCUGUUGAAAUGAAGAAAUGUGAAUAAUAUUGUACUGUGUCGAAUAGAUGUGCAACGCCAACGGUUAUACACUUAGUACUGUGCAUUUCUCUCAUCAGUGCACUGCAUAAUAUACGGUAUUUUAUCGUACUUAAUUGUUAUCGUUUUAGAGAGCAGUUUCAAUGCUGGUUGACAAUAUCGAGAAAGUUUCGGUAAAAAGUUUUGAGUUCACUAUAAAGUUUAUAUAUUACAUUAUUAUUUCUUUUUUCAUGAUGAUGUGUGUUUAAUUUAUUUAUUCUCAUGUAUGCAUUUUAUUAUUUCUUAUCUUGAAACAUUGAAAGCAUUAAUUUACAUUCUCUAGUUGCUUGUUCGCUUAUUGUUUUUGUUGUCUUUUAGCCUUUGACAUGUUUUAAUAUUGUUUCAGAUUGAAAUAGUUGUUCGACAGUUAACUCCACAGCCCGAAUAUUUGUACACGGUAAGAACAUAAAUCUUACUGCAGACUAACGCAUAUAGCAGUUCAGCUGUGCUGUGCUGUAAUGCAUUGUACUGCAUUAUAAGAAACAGCAAACGAGUCGCGUGCGUUUAUGGUGCGAGGGAGAAUACGAGAGAAGCGUGUUCUUGUCAAGCAGUUUAUAUUUGAAGCAUUUAAGGCACUUUAUUAAUGACAGUUAUGUAGCUUUUGUAGCUCUUUUGUGUAUUCGUGUACUACACCCAAGUGAGCACAGCAGAAUAAUAUUUAACAAAUAUAAAACAUUUUCCGUGUUGAUAAUGAUCACACGAGUGGAAAAUGGGAAAAUUAGAAAUUGUGUGGAAACGCGAAGGGCGGAGUGUUUUCACACAAUUUCGAGUUUUCCCAAUUUCCACGAGUGUUGAUAAUAACUGUAUAUCAAUAUGGAAAAAAUGUUUUAUAUUUAUUUUAUAAUAUAGCACAAAGAAAUAUAAAGAAAGAAAUUUUCCGACGUUUCCGUGUUGACAUUGAGUUAUAUCAACACGACUCUUAGCCAAUCAGCGUUCAGAAUUUACAAAUGCUAUAUUAUAAUUGACGAAUGAUAUUUGUGUAUUAUUCUUCUAGAUGUUUAUAUGAAUCAUUCUUCGUUCGAAGGAUCCCUUUUAUAUCUUCAAACUCAUGAUCGAAUUCAAAUACUAUAAAUAUAAACUGCCAUUUUGAAAAGUUAUACUAUUAUUCGACUAACCGCAGACUAUGAAUAAAACCCGGCGCAAUUAGGCCGUUGCCGGAAUUUUCCGAUCAAAGAUAUAAUUAGCAUACGCACUCACCAACUCCAGCGCGGAUACUUCAUAGCGGUUAGUCGAAUAAUAGUAUAACUUUCAAAAUGGCAGUUUAUAUUAGUAUUUGAAUUCGCUCACGAGUUUGAAAAUAUAAAAUGGAUCCUUCAAACGUAAAGAACGAACAAUGAUUUAUAUAAACAUCUAGAAGAACAGGUAAUAAUACACAAAUAUCAUUCUUAAGAAUACACAAAUAAUGUCAAAUAUCAUUCUGCUGUGCUCGCUUGUUACACCUUUUUAAGUUUUCUGCACUUGUUUAAUUCAGACUCAAAAACAGCUGCGAAAAUUUAUUUGUCUUUCUUGUCCCAUCGUCUCUUGUUGGCUGCUUUUGCACUUCAUUUUUGGUCUAUUCUACAGUAUUUUGCUUUUUAAUAAAUUUUGGACUUGAAUGGAACUGUAUGUUCUGUUCACAUUGUUUUGCCAAGAAACCGGAGACAAAGCAAGAAAAACUGAAAAACCAAGACAGUGUAUUCUUGUGUUAUAAAUGGACGCGCAUUAGCCAAUUAAAUUAGGUGUUUUAUCCCACAAAUAUUAUGUGUUUUAUUAUGAUGUGCUAUGUACUGUAUUGUACUGUGCUGCACUGUAAUGUAGUCUGUACUGUACUGCACUGUGCUUAACUGGACUGUAUAUUUAAAUACAUUAAAAUAUUUUAGUACUUAGAUGCUGUGUUUCAAAAAGACCCAGAACUUAGUAUGGAUUUUCAUGAAAUUCAGGUAAGACGUCUAUGUAAUGUGAGUAAAUUAUUAGUAUUUAGUACUAUCAGUGUUUAUUCAAAAUGCGCAUUGUUACACUAAGAUUAAUACUUUUAAAAUAUUGGAGGCCAAACCAGGAUUCAUAAUUAAUUGUGUAAACGUUGUCUGGUUAAAAAUAUUUAUUUGUUACAAGCUUUCGACUGCCAGUCUGCAGUCUUCGACGGGUAGAUUAAUAAUGCGCUAGUGAUAUAAGAUGUGAUAUGAAGUGAAUAGUGCUAUAUAAUAGCGGUUUACAAUUACAGUUACUGACACAAAAGACAAUUACUGACAGUUCCGCCUAGCAGAAUGUAAAGUUUUUUGAGCAAAAAGUGGUAUUGUUCUGGCAAAUGUUUUGAGUUGUUGUCGGCGUCUUUCGUGCAUGCAGUGUGCCAAUACUCUAAUGUCGAUAGUUGCCCUUGUCAAUUACUUUUCCGUUUUUAAAAUCAAUUCUGUGGUCGUUUGCCCACGCAUGGUUCGCGAUAUUAGAGCCACUCUUGCAUUUUCCCACGUUUCGUUCGUGCUCUUUUCUUCUUGUUUUGAAGGCCCUAUCUCGCCAACGUAACUCCACGAGCAAUCUGAACAAUUAAUCUGGUAGACUACGUUCGUCUGAUUCUCAGGUAGUGGUCGGUCUUUUGUUGGGGGACACAUUUGUUCUAGUGUGCGAAGAGGUUUCGUAGGUACUCGGAUGUCGUGAGGUUUUAGAAUGCGUCUCAGUGGUUCUGUUAGAAAACGAUCGUACUAGUUCUUCGGGUGGCGGCGUUCUAUUCUCAAAAAUGACACGUUUCUGUUCAACUUGUUGCAAAAAUUUCUUAGGGUAACCGUUUGACAUUAAUGUGUUGGUUACAUAUUUGCGUUCUUGUUGUUUGCCUUCGUCUGUGUUAGGUAAAGUUGCUGCCCUAUGUAAUAGAGUUUGUGCAGUGCUGACUUUGUGUCGUUUGUCAUGGUGCGAGUUGUAGUCUACCGUAAACCUCAGACUAUAAGCCCUGGGCUUAUAUUCUUUCGCAUAUUUUUGAUGGGCUUAUACAAGGGGGUGGGUGGGGGCUUAUAUACGGGGGAGCUUAUACAUGGACGAUCUUUUGUGUUAGUGUAAUAGUGAUAAACAAGACUUAGUGUUAAACAUGCAAGCAUAGUAAUAAUAGUGAUUAAUAGUGGUAAUAGUGAUAAACAAUAGUGAUAAACAAUUGGGCUUAUAUUCGGGGGGGGGCUUAUAUUUGGGAUGAGGUGAGCGUUAGUACAUGUGGUGGGCUUAUACACGGGGGGGGGCUUAUAUUCGGAGGAGGGCUUAUAUUUGGAGGUUUACGGUAAGUAUCUGUCAGUAUGUGUAGGUUUCCGGUAUACGUCAAUAGAAAGAGAUCCGUUAUUACGUGUGACUAAAGUAUCUAAAAAUGAAAGUUUUCCGUCAAGUUCCUGUUCAAUGGUAAAGUUAAUAUGUGGGUCGAUAGAGUAAAGUAAUUUGUAGAAAUUGGUUAACGCAUGUUUUUUAAUGAUAGAAAAUACAUCAUCGACAUAACGAAACCAUUUCUUAGGUGGCAUAGAAGAUGUACUUAGUGCUGAGUCCUCAAUUUCCUCCAUGCAGAGGUUUGCCACAAUAGGGCUAACGGGCCUACCCAUUGCACAACCAUGAACUUGUUUGUACUGUACGUUAUCUUGUUGUAAUUGAAAUAGCUAUUAGUAAGAGUAAAACGUAAAAGUUUAAUAAUAUCUUCAAUAGAAAGUUUGGUUCUAACAUGUAGGGUUUUGUCUUUCGUGAAUUUGUUGCGGAUGUGUUCGCAUGCUUUGUCUACUGGUAUCGCUGUAAACAACGAUACAACGUCAAAAGACACCAUGAUUUCAUCAUCGUCAAUGUGCGUUUCAGUAAGUUUCUUGGCGAAGUCAGUAGAGUUGUUAACAGAGUAACCAUCAUGGUUUAAUUUGUAGAGGUGGAAGAAUAUUUGCGAGAAAUUUAGAGGUGUUGUAAAGAGCUGUGUUCCUACAUGUAACUAUGGGACGGAGUGGAUUGUUAGGUUUGUGAUGUUUGACAGAGCCUCGUAUGGCAGGUGGUAUGCUGUCAGUAAAGAGUGUAGUUUUUUUAUGUGAUUUCGUCGAGUUUUUGUUCGCGUUUAAUUUGUAAUAACUGUGCGUUCAACUCACGUUCAAUUCUCUCAAAUGGAGGUUUAGACACUUUCUCAUAAGUUUGUUGAUCGUGUAGUAAAUCUUGCAUAUUUUUGUCGUAGUCGCUUCGGUCCAUCACGCAAAACAGUUCCCUUUGUCUGCUUUCGUCACUAAUCGAGUCUUAUCUUUCUUGAGUUCAUCGAUUGCUUAUUAAAUUAAAGAUUAACACUGCUGUCUUAGGACUAUACUAUAGAUUAUGUAAUAAUGAUAAUAACUAUAUUUAAUGUUAUACUUUAAUUCUUAAUCUGAAUUUGUAAGAUAGAACAUAUUAAGAAGAAGUAGGUGUGAUUAAAUAAUAUUUCUGCUUUUUUCCACUGAAACUCGUACUAUUACGUCAUGUGCAGGUUGGGCUUUAUGCAGAGUUUGAUCGCUCAAAACUUCUUCCGUUUCUCAAGAAAAGCAAUUACUAUCCUCUUCAAAAAGUAAGUAUAUUAAUUUGUUGUCUGCGUAGUUAUGUAAACAAUCAUGCAAUAGAAUUUAACGGUGCAACCUUCGGAGUACCUAUAUUCUUCGCUUCUAUUUAAUUAAUUAAGGAAAUGAGCGUUGUCCCCGUCCCAGUGUUUCGACCGUAGAAAUAAUAGACAUAGAAUGCGUGCUCCUAUCUUUUGUCAGUAAAAUGUUAUUAUAUUACAUUUUUGUCUCCACAAAAUGGCGGAUUUAUAAUGGCAUUUUGGCUAGACCCAGUUUGUUUUUUUCAACAAAGUUUGCAAAAACAAUUAUAUCGAGACUUAAAGUGUAAAAAAAGUUUUUUAAAGAAGGAAAAAGUGUCUAAAAACCUAUUCCAGUGGUUUUUCCACGAAAAUAAAUAGUUCUGAACAGAAUAUAUAUACAGAAAUCGUCGUUUGAAAAUACAUUUUCAACGUUGUUGUGCAAGCCAAAACAAAACACGAAAGAUCAAGACAAGUUUAAACUCGAUACUAAGGUAUGUUCUAAAAAUAUUUCAGCUUUUUUAUAAUAUAAAUGGAGUUUAGUAAUCUUUUUAAACUUACAUGACAACUACUUUUUUAUAUUUUUUACGUUGCUUGAGCUUGAGACAACGCUUUUGAAACCAAUGUCUUCAACGAUUAUUUAUGCGAUUUACAGUUUAUCGACAACUAAAGAUUUUUGUUUCAAAAACAUGAAAACACUUCGUUUAGAUUGAAGAAAAACGAAACCCGACGAAGAAUGAACUAUUUGAACUAAUAAUGAACAUUUCGUAAUUUAAUAAAAUAUUAGCAAAGCAGUUACGUUCAGAGAAGGCAAAAAUGUUUUAUGAACAAAUUAUAUUUUAAUACGCGAAACUAAUUUGUUUUUACAAGGGCAAGACUGCACGAUUUUCACCGUUUUUGUAAGUAACUGCUUAGCCAUUUGCUUCGAGCCUUUAAAGAACUUAAUAUUUCAAAAUCUAUUCCCAAACUACAAAUUAGACAGCAAGACAAAACCUUUUGACGAUGAAAAAUUUGUUUUAGCUUUGUUUAUACUUUGUAGUUUGCACUCCUAUGUUGAAAUUCAACAUGGCGGAUUUAUAAGGGCAUUUUUGUUUUGAAUUUGGACACCGGUCACGUGACCAAGCACGCAUUAAUUCUAGGUCUAAUAUUUCUAUGGUUUCGACACUCCAACUUAUACGGUCUCUACCAGGGCGGGCGGGGGUUUUAUUUUUCACAUAAAAAAUUGAUAAUUUAUCUCGACUGGACUGCUACAAAUUUCCCUUGAUGGGCCAUUUACCGAGGACACUCAUGAAAAUUUUAAAUUCCAUAAAAAGUAUUUAAAAAAUCCUGGGUGGGCUAUUUUCAUGGGGUGGAGACAAUCACCGACUAUUUUUUACGUGGCCUAAAAAUGGCGUGAUUAAUAGUCUUGGAUUUAAACUUGGUUUUGUGUUUGCGACGUUUUGGAAGUUGCUUCUUCCAUCAAGGAACCAAAAAACGCCGCCCCCCCCCCCCCCCCCCAACCACCACCACCACCACCACCACCUGAAAUAAAUCGUCCACUCCAUUGUGAAUUCAUAUCUCGUCAACAGAAUAUCUUUCAAUCUACAUGCAAUUUAGCUUCCCAACCUUUAGCUCAACAACACAGAUGCCCAGGCAGGUAAGCCAUCUUCACAGACGUCCACAUUAUUUCAUUAUACCACGCCUGUUGAUGGAAGAUACAGCUUGCGAAACGUUGCGAACACAAACGUGCCUAGAAUCAUACUAGACAAAUGCAAAACUAUUAAAGUGAGGAUAUUCUUUCAGAGCAUCUUCCAAAAAUGUAUCUUCACCCAUGUUGGUGAUGGGUGGGAUCUUCCCUCAAGUAUACAUUAUAACAGAGCCUGAAAUAACGGCCGGCGGCCGGCGGUUUUCCGACCAAAUUCCGAUUUUUCCGACCAAAUGCUGAAAUGAUCGGAAAUUUUGUCCGGCCAAAUUUUGAGAAAAAGAAAAAUGUUUUCUUAAUGAUCGGUCGGCGCUCAGCACAGUGAGUACCAUCUGUAAGUUUGGAUUAUCUAUAUUAGGCUAAUAUAAAGUAAUCAACUGGAAAGUAUAGUUCACGGGCCCAAUAAACAAGAUGGCGGCUUACAGCGUGGUGUUGUCGGGCCAAGAUAAAAACAGCGUCGGCGGGUGUGAUUAAAUUAUUAUUCACUAUAACUAUUCCAAUAAGCAAUUCAGAAUUAAACAUUUGUGUUUUAUUAUUACAAGUAGAGUGAUAUACUCAGUGCACGUCUGCAUGCUUGACAGAGUUUGCUCAUUGGGUGGGGGGGGGGGGGGGGACUUGGUCAAACUAAACUAAAAAAAAUUCCGGUCAAUUUUGCAAAUUUCCGGUCAAAUUUUGUUUUGAUCGGAAGUUUUUCCGGACAAAUUUUAAAAUUAUUUCAGGCUCUGUUAUAAGAAGACCCUUGGAACAUUAUUUAUGAAGACACUAAGCUGGUUUCAGCGUUUUGUCCUGUCUUGGCCAAUAAAUUCGUUAAUUAUUUGAUCAACCAAUUAAAAGCACGGGAAUAUCACAUCCAAUAUAUUGUAUAAUGGUGACGUUUUUCCCUGGGACCGGUGAUUGUGCAUAUGUAAAUCUGGGUACAAGGAAUGUUCAUGCCCGUACACUCCUCACUGUCGGGCCAAGCAAAAUAUAGUUUUCACCAGUGCUCACUUCUCAUCUGUAUUGGAACAUUAAUGAUCAUGGCACAAAAAUGUACUAGCCUGUUCCCCCACCAUUCUAUCAAAUGAGCCGUCAUACGCCCUUGACAUGACUGAAUUAUAUAUGCAGUAUUGUUUUUCAAUAUUUAAAUGUGACAUGCGUUGGAGCAUAUGUAUAGAUUUGCUCGAGUGGUUUACAUUCAAGUUAUUAUUUAUACUAUAACAGGCGCUUAAUGAAUGCAAACAGAGAGAACUUAUCGAAGAAAUGGUAUUUUUACUUGGUAGGUAAUAUUUGUAAUUUAUAUGAUUAAGAUCUGUGAAUAACCUGCUAUGUGACCAGGGAAAAUUAACUUCAAAUAUGGCAUUCCAGUACAUACAGUAAGGUAGCCUAGUAUUCUAUGAUAGGUUACCGUGGUUUUGUAAAAAUAUAAUAUUUAAACUAGGCGAUAAAAACACGUUGGCGUUUCGAACGAAGACGGUUAGUAGCCAACUAACACUCUUUUUACCAGCAAACUCUUGCUACUGUCCUCUCACCCAAAACUUGGCAGCUCAUGAUAAUAAUAUAGUUUCAUACUUUUAUUCUUCUUUUUGUUUGUAGGUGUUUUCACAGGGUUGUUUCUAUUAAAGUAAUCACUAUAAUGUUUCUUCCAGGGCGUAUGGGGAAUAACAAGGAAGCUCUUCACCUAAUUAUUGAAAAGGAAGCCAAUGUCGAGAAGGUACUCUCAAUAGACAAGAGAUUCUUUCCAGUUUUUAAAUCGGACCAACACAAGCAAUGUAUCCAUUAAAUAUUGGAAGUUAGUACGAUUUUCACUUGAUUUCCCAUCAGACUUUUGAUACUUUGAAAAAGCAUUGUUGUGAAUGAAUGGGAAACCUGCAUAUUGCACCUUGAUAUUGCACUGCAAGUACGUACUGUAUAUUUUUUUACGUUUUGUAAUCUCUACUGGUGGCAAAUCAGCUUUCAAUUUCUCGGAACUGCUUUUAGUCGGGUCGAGGCUAUUAUUUAAUUGCAGGCUACUGUGAUGAAUCAUGAAACCUUGCUUAGUUUAUCAAGCACAUUUCACGUUAUUACUCUUAUGUUAAAUGCUGGAGUGUAUUUAAAUUCCUCUUAUUUUUGCUACACUAUAGGCUAUUGUUUUCGCAAAGGAGAAGGAUGAUGAAGAACUGUGGGAAGACCUUAUCACAUAUUCGUUGGACAAACCUGGUAUGUAUGUGAAAAUUGCGAAUAUAUUAAUUGGAACAUGUGCUGAGCUACCACCCAUUUAAAAACUGGAACUGAUCUAAAUUCAAAAUGUAUCUUUUCGUUUAGCGUUUAUUACUGGACUGUUAGACAAUAUCGGAACACAUGUUGACCCGAUAAAGCUCAUCAAGGUCAGUCGUAUGGUGUUGUUGAUGUUUGAAAGGAUGAAAAUACAAUAUCGUAAUAAAAAACACAGUGAAUAAUCAUACGCUGUUCUAACGACGAGCAAAACGUGUGAAAUUAGGGUCAGGAUAUAAAUCCAAUUUGCUGUGUUUAAUUAAUACUUCUUCCUAUACUAUGUCCUUUAUAUGUUCAGCGAUAAAAAACACAGGUUCAUGACAAAUAUGGGAUGAAAAUAAUGUAUAUUUCACGAGAUUUUGUUGGUCUCAAAAUGCAGUUUUAUUUGAUCCCUGUUCUAUCUUGUGUUGCUAGAUUGCCUGGAUAUUACUAUUAAUGUAAAUGAUCUUUUUUAUUUUAUUCCAGAUUCGAUGUGCAUGUUAACUUAUGUUAAGAUUUAAUUUCGGGCUGCGAGCAGGCUAUGGGGCAUACAGUACUGUAGUUACCCUGACCCUUUCUAAUUAGUUUAAAAACAUUUUAGAGGAUACCUUCAGAUAUGGAAAUUCCUGGACUUCGUGAUUCAUUGGUUAAAAUUUUACAAGACUAUAACUUGCAGGUAGCUGAUAGAGGGCGAGUGAUAUUGUAUCUCAAAGCAUUAUAUUACAUUAACAUGUAUUAUUUAUUCUCAUGGAAUAUCCUCCAAAUUUGAUGAAAGAAUUUUUUAUUUUUUUAGAUUUCAUUACGCGAAGGAUGCAAAAAGAUACUCGUUAAAGAUAGGUUAGUAUAUCCAGAACUGUGCAUGGUAGAGCAUCUGAACUACCGCAAACAAGCUAGUAGGAUAGGUCCGCUUCUAGCCAGUCACGUUUCUGUUCGAUUAUCUUUUCGCGGAAAACAGUAGUGUGUUAUUUUAAUAAAAGAUAAAGUGUACUACUGAACUGUUAGACAUGUAUAAGUCAAGUCUUGACUGAAUGCGUGCAGUAUUGUGCCUCAUGUGUAGGAUAUGCGUGUGUAUGAAAUGUAAUCUCCAACCUGCCUUUAAGUUAGUGGCAUGCGAUUAGGGUAAAUUUAUCAUUCUUAUCACUGAGACAUGUUAAAAUCUGUUUCAGUGUGUCACUAAUGCAAAGAGCUACAAGAACGAGGCAGAAAGGUGUUGCAGUAACUGGUAUGGUACAUUUCCCACAUUUCAAAUGCAAGAGAGCACUGUAAAGACAAAUAAAAGAUACGAUAAAACAGGAUAUUCUAAAUUACAGUUAGAAUAAUUAGCAUUUUACUGAGUGUGAGAAGUCGUUUUGAAGCUUUAAAUACCAUGUAAUACCAGUUAUUGUUCAAUCUUUAAACCUGAAAUAAAAAUUAUCUAUGCGAUUGAUCAAAUUAUCCAAAUCAAUGUAAAUAUACUAACCUUGAUUUUUGCUGUUGUUUUCCUGCUGUAGAGUUGUCAACAUGUUCUAGUUGUCAGGGAAACAUAUUGGUAUUAGGUAUUUAUAUCUGUUUGUUGGAUAAACUUCGAUAGUUUUUUCGUGUCUUCGAAAAUUAGAUAUAAAACUGUGGAAAGUAAACUUGUUUGUGUAUUGCAUUUUGUAGAUACACGUCAAGCAAGUCAAAUUGUCACAUUUUUCUGCCGACAUGUUUUUCAUAUCGAUUGCUUAGCAAAUAAGGAUCAGGUAAAUUCUGAUAAAAUGAUUGUGGUGUCCAGCUUUCGGUAUUGUUUUGUGUAAGUGAUAAAGAAGUAAAAACCACACAGUAAAAAAACUUUGCAUAAUUGCAUUUCUAUACUGAGAUAAAACUAAUGCAUUAUGGGGCGCCAAACCUGACAAAAUAAAAAUGGUUUGUGAUAUAAAGUAUAUUUCCCUCUGAUGUAAGAUAUGAUACACGAGGUAGCUCGUGAUAUAAAGUAUAACUUUUGUACACAUCAAUAUAUAGUAUAUAACCUUACUGACACAACGAUACAAAGUAUACUAUAACUGUCCGCGAUAUAGGUUAUAGAAAUAGACUGGGGCGAGUUUUUAAUUAUUCAUGUCUUCCCAUUUUAAAAUUCACUUCCGACUUUGAAUUUUAAUAAUCAGGAAAAUUAAUCAGUAAUAAAUAACGAAUUGAGGAUUUCUGCCAGUUUCUUUUAACGCGGGAAACGUCGCGCGGGAAAUCUAGUAAAAAAUAUGACGAACGAAUCUGAAAAUAACAUAAAUACAUUUCUUGAGAAUAUGGCUCAUAGGCAAAUGUUUUGUGAUAAUAUCAAUGUUAUCGAGUUUAUGCAGCGGCGAAUUGAAAGUAAUCUUCAAGUUUUGAAUAUAUUGCAUGAUCGAUGUCAAGGUGGAUUAUAUGACAGGCAACGGCAAGAAAACAUUGGUAUAUUGGUCUCAAAAUUGCAGGAAUUGCUCCAUGAUUACGAACAACAGUGGAUCGAAAAUGAUGGUUCGUCGCACUUUACUCGCCCUGUUGAAGACGGACAAGAAGAUCGUAGAGGAAGACGAAGAUACGUUGUUCCUGAGAGAAGCUUAACUUGUUUAUUUCCAAAUACACGGCAAGUGGGAACAAGUUGCGAGAGAUUUUGGAGUAAGUUACAGAACGUUGUUUCGGAGACGUCAUGAAUACGGUUUGACAGUUAGUGAUACCCGAGGCCACGAACAACUUACACUAAUAUCUCUCAGAGUGAUUUGUGUAAUGUUGCUAGAGAUGUACGUGGAAUCUUACCAACUGAUGCUGGUAAAACCUUUGUUCUUGGUGCGCUGAGACAAAGAGGGAUCCAUAUACAACGAUGGAGAGUGCGUGAUGCUAUAUGUCAUGUCGAUCCUCUAACUCGCGCAAUGAGACGUAGUGUUGCAAUUAUUUGACGUGCUUACAAUGUUCCGUGUCCCAAUGCGUUAUGGUAAGAAUUUGGUAAUUUAUUAAAAUGCUACCCAAAUCGAGUACAUGUACUACAAUAUUUUCUUUCGAAUGGAUGCUGUCCAGAUAUACAUGGUUUUGUGUGUUUGGUGUGAAAAUAAAUGUUGAAUAUAUUUUAAUUCAUUUUAAUAGGCACAUUGACGGGCAUCAUGAACUCAUAAACUGGCGCCUGGUUAUAUAUACAUGGUGGAAUUGAUGGCUAUAGUAGGUGCAUAGUCUAUUUGAGAUGUGCACCAAAUAACUAUGCUUCUACUGUGCUCAAUUUAUUUCGCAGUGCUGUUCAGCGAUUUGGAUUGCCAUCACAUGUCCGCCGUGAUUUAGGUGGAGAAAAUGUCGAUGUGGUUAGAUUUAUGUUACAGCAUCCUGAAAGAGGCACUAAUAGAGGCAGCAUGAUAACUGGAACAAGUGUACAUAAUCAAAGAAUCGAACGUCUGGGUUGAUCUGCGACGUGUGCUUAUAUCCUACUACAUAAGACUUUUCUCUCAUUUUGAAAGUGCUGGAGUAUUAGACAUGCUAAAUGAGGAGCCUUUAUUUGCUCUUCAUUACGUAUUUUUACCAAGAAUCAACAGAGGCAUUGACGAAUUCAUCUUAGAUUGGAACAAUCACCCUUUAAGCAGUGCUGGUAAUCGCUCCCCCCUGUCUGUUUGGCAUUCUACUGUUACAUCUUCAAUCAAUAGUCAGUACAGUGCUGUGGAAAGUAUUGUUGGGGAGUAUGAUUGGUCCACUUUUGGUAUUGAUGACGAUGGCCCAGUAACACCAAGUACUAGUGAAAAUUUUGACGUUCCUGAAGUAUCCAUACCCCUUUCCAAUGAACAACCCGAAGAACUAAGACAGCGUAUAUCUCCUCUUGUGGAAGAUGGAAAUCAUGGUUGUAAUUUGUAUAUAGAAACUGUUCGUAUGGUUAGAAAUUGUUUUCAAUUUCAAUAAGAUUUAAUAAUUUCCAAUGAUACAAUGAAUAUGAAAAAGAACAGUUGCAUACUUUCAGCUUCAAAAUGCAAGCAACCAAGAUGCACUGAGCAUUUAACGGAUUACUUAAAAACUAAAACAACGAAAGCCGCCGUGUCUACACUACAACCCUAAGUCUGGCUUUGGCCUAGAUUUCCGUAGUGUAAACACACUUUGGCCUGGCCUAAGCCAGGAAAUCUGGGCCUAUCACAACAGGCUCGUAAUGUAAGCUUAGGCUCGUAAUGUAAACACGGCUAUAGUAUAACAAGCUUGAAUAGCAAUGAGUCUUCGUUACUCUUCAAGCAUGUUGACUUUUCACAUCCUUCCAAAGGUGUGCUUUCCAUGAGACACAGAAUGGUCCAUGUAUUUAAGAAACUCCUUAAAAUCUGUGUGGCAUGUUGGGAUUUUAAUGGAAUUAAAACAUGCAUCUGCAAUAGCUAACACUUGGCUGGCUUCAUUUGGUAAAAAACCGACUUUCAUCUAGCUGGAAUACCGGGCCAAACAGUCCAGAAUUGCAAGAGAUCUUGUAGUGUUUCUUCUGAGUUUCCUUAAAAUAGAAAAUUAAAGAUUGGUCCCUGCAGUUUUUUGACAUGAGAGAUUUACUUUUAUUUAAAUUGAAAGUUUCUUACCCACCAUGCUUAUUUAUAGCGAACAAUACCUACAUGCUGUUGCUAUGACAACUAUAAGAUCUUAUAUUAAUUAAAAUAAUUAUUUACUUAAUAUUUAAAGUAAUUGAUUUUGUAAAGAAUUGCCAGUGUAGAUUUUUUCCAAUCUAUUCAAAAAUCAGACCUAAAUUUUUCACUUUCAAAGAGAGAGUUGGGUGUCACCUUAAAUUAACCAGACUUACAACCGUAUUCUAUAGUGGAAAAUAAAAUUAUAUUUACCAGAUUAGUGCAUAACAGAGCAUCCAGCACUUUGAAGAACUAAUAAACUAUAUGCUAAUCUGGAAUGUCUUUUGUUGACCUGUUGGUUGCAGUGGACCCAAAAAGUACUCUAUUUUAUUCUUUUACUCGGUAUAUUAAGGUUAUUAAGUAUUAGUAUGCAUUUUGCAUACCAAAUGAGCUUUCGCGCGUUUUGAUUGGCUAGUUGAUUAGUAAAUCUGAGGCAUUGUUCAACACCUGGGGAGUACAUAAUGCUUUUCAAAAAUAAUGAUUCUGCAAAUUUGGUUUCAAAAUCGAUAAAAUAUUGAAAAAAAAUCGUCCCCAAACAACAAAAGAAGUACAAGAAAGGUAGGAUUCUUUUAUUAUUUUACUGUGUUAAACGUAUUCACGGACAAUUUAAAACUUAUUUAAAACUCCGAAACAUUCACUUCAAAUAAAUAGCAAAAUCCAUCCCGACUGUUGGGAAAAACCUUGCCGUGAUAUUCUUUUAAAUCCAUUUUAUUUUGUAUGCUAUAGAUUUUUCAAUUUUGUACGAUACUAUUUCUUUUGAUAUGUCAUGUUUUCAUUGUGCUGUAUGGUGUUCUGACAGUUUUAUUCUGUUUCGAAAGUUGUAAAGUGAAAAGUGUUAUUAAGAAAAACAACUUUGUAAUAAAGAGAAAAACAAGAGAAAAACAACUUUGUAAUAAAGCAAAAAAAGUCACAAAGGAAGCCAUUUUGAAAGCGUGCAUGUACAAGAAACACUGCAACACUUAACACUAAAACGGUAACCGUAAAACUGGCCGAAAACAGUUUUAUUGGAUUUUUUGUUCAUUAAAAAUUUAUACUAAAACAAUUAUUCGCCUCAAAUGCCCAAUUUCUCCUUCAAAUAAUUUUACGGCAUUUAAACAGGAAGACACAAUUUCCUUCAUCAAUAUGUUAAAGAAAUUCCUUCUAGGCCCUCCUGCAUCAUUCCCAUGCUCAUAAGUGCCAGAACUUAUAAACUGUACAUUGAGAGGAGCACCUAAUUUGAAUUGUGGAUUCUUGUAUCUUUUAAUCACUUUCUGCAUGACACUUUUAUCACGAUUGAUGGUAAGGUCCACUUCAAGUGUAUCUGGUAGGGCAAUGUCUUCGAUGAAAACUUGCAUGGCAUCCAAGUGGUUUAAUCUUCUACUCUUAGUUGAUGCAAGAGGCCUGUUCCAAAUCUCUUCAUCGCCGAGCCAACAGAGAAUAUGAGGUGACUUGUUUUAACCUUUAAUGCGCCCCCAUGUGCCCUACUUUAGUUAGCAUUUUACUCUGUCUACUCGUUAACAUGGAAGUUAGACAUAGAUUAAUAUGCCCCCAAUUAUCGCGUCUAGUUACGGCCCUGGGGGGGAUGCAAGUUAUGAUUAUAUAUAAGCGAUUUUGCAAAUUAUAAAAAUAUAAGUGAUGGGGGAGUGUAGUGCCACUGAGCAAGCUGCAGCAAUGGUCUGGGGGUUGAGUGUGGCUGGAUAGAAUGUUAAAAGUGUUGAGAAUUUUAGUCCUAUUUUGUUCCAAAUCCUUUAAUUUUCUUUUAAAUUACAGGGUAUUGAUGCUUCAGUUUGAUGCAAUAAAGUCUAUGACCUUAUUUCCAUCAUACUGCUGUAAUUUAAUCCAAAUUUCUGGGGGGAGGGGGUGCAAAUGUCUCUAUCUCCCUUGAUGUAUGUGGAACACUUACUAUCACUUUGAUCACAUAGAAGAAAAUCAACUGCUCCAGACAUCAUGUCCAACUUCUAAAGCCUUCGCAAUUCUUUCUGGUGUUUCACCAGGGAAAAUGGCUUCCAAUUGACUUCAGUCAUUUGUUUCGUCAGAUAAUCUUGGAGCACUAGGUGAUUCCUAAAAAAAUAAGGUUUACAAGUUGAGUGCAGAACUAAAAGAAAGAAAUUAAGACAAAAUCAAGAGCAAAAUAGGUGGUAUGCAAGUUACGUCACCGUCAUCAUGUUGGAUGACAUUGACAAAGGAUUUUGCUUGUUUGCAAUGCAAAUAUCCCAACAUGGCGAAAAUCUCUUUGUCCUUUGAAUCCCAUGGGAUUGCUAAUCAAUGGUUGCACAUCACCUAUAGAGAAGUGCAAAAAUGAAACAAAUCGAUAAUGACUGACAACUAACAAAUCAUCUUAAACUGCCAGCUGACAAAACAAUGAGAAAAAGUUCUGGUCAAGCUGUAAACUGACAUUUGCCAAAAUAUUUAUUAACUGCCGGUUGACAAAUGGCUUGAUUUUUAGUUGACAACUGACAUGCAGUCCGAGACCCCAUUGAGACCCUCUAAUAAAGUAACAAUCAUUAUGAGUAUAAUUAUAUAUAAGGAAUGAAUUUGACAGUGUCCACGAAGAAUAAACCUAUUUGCGCCAGUAUAAAAGAAUGUGAAUAUCCAACUGCGUAUAAACAUGCCUUAGUUAUUACAGUUCCGAAGGUCAAUCCACCAAGAGAUAUCGAGAAUGACUUUCGCCAGAUAUCCAUUCUUCCCCAAAUGGCUAAAGUGCUGGAAAAGCUGCAGCUCAAACUGAACCUUCCCAGUUCACGUAUAAAUGAUAAUCAGCAUGCCUUUACAAGCAAACGAUCAACCGUGUCCGCACUCACCAACAUCUCGCAGAACUGGUUUAAUGUGACCGACAAUACGCAUAGCGCCAAAAAUGGAGUUUAUGCGCUAUUCAUAGAUUUUCGCAAAGCGUUUGACCUUGUUGACCACGGAAUUCUACUUCGUAAGCUCGCAGAAAUGAAUGUAACCAAAGCCUUUUGGCUAUGGACACGUAGUUUUCUGGAAGAUAGAAGACAACAGGUCAAACUAGCAGGAACCCUAUCAUCGGUCAAACCUUGUCCUGCAGGAGUCCCACAAGGUUCUGUGAUGUCCCCCGCUCUUUUUAAUAUUCACAUUAACGAUAUUGAGAACUCAAUCCCAAAUGGAUUAUCCAUAAACAUAUGCAAAUACACGGAUGAUUGUACACAGGACGAAGUGGUGUCACAAGGUUCAUCCAGCCAUAUGCAGGAGGCCCUUGAAGCAGUACAAGAAUGGUCUAAUAGGAACAAAAUGACGAUAAAUUCGAAGAAAACAAAAGCUAUGUGGAUAUGUUUUAACACAGCAAUACCGGCACCAGAACCAUUGGUUAUUGGAAACGAGGUAGUGGAAAGAGUAAAUUCUCAUAAACUGUUGGGUGUCUGGCAUCAAAACAAUUUGAAAUGGAACUGUCAUGUUAAGAACAUUGUAAGGAAAGCAAAUAAACGAAUGUUUAGUCUGAGAGAAUGCCGUAGAGCGAAUCUUCCUCCUGUGGUCGGUAUUACAUGUUAUGAAUCCAAGAUUAGACCUGUUUUAGAAUAUGCAGCUCCGAUAUGGGGUGGUUUACCACAGUAUCUCAUUGAUGAAAUAGAGAGCAUUCAAAACAGAUGCAUCAAAAUCCUCGGCACAUCUCGGUGCAACUUUGAAACGCUAGAACAAAGAAGGGCACACCUAACUGUUAAGGAAUACCAAAGAAUUCUAAGUGAUCCGACCAACCCAUGUAAUAAACUUAUCCCCCAACCUUUUACACAUGAACACGAUCUAAGAACAACUAAUAAUCUACCAUAUGUUGUAUCGUAUACAAAAAGACACCGGCAAUCCUUUAUACCUAGAGCUAUAUCCCUUUUAAAACAGUCCUAAAUUAAUUUUAUAGAAUAUAUAACUAGUAUAAACAUUUUUAGCAACAUUGAUGUAAAUAAUAGUAAAAUUUCUUCUUAUCAAUUUUAACCUUAGCACUUCUUGUAAAUCCAUUGUACUUUUCUAACCAAAGAUGGAUAUUAAAUGUUAUUAUAUUAGGUCUCCUUAACUCACAAAUUUCAGAAUCAACACAAUUACCAGGACCUGCAAUUAAAAAAUGACUAUAUUAUACAUUAAGAACAUUCAUAAAAUUAAUACGCCGAUCAAAACGAAGGUGUAACAUCCCCCCCGGGCAUUUGACUUUUUGGAUUUUGCAAUGAUCAAAUCCCCCAACCCAAGUCAAAAAACGAAGUUCAAAUGACCUACGGUUAUUCCACAACUAAGUGGUGGUCAGAUGCCCCAUUGUAAAUUUAGGUUAAAAUUCUUCAACUCUCAACUUUGAACAUAAUUCACAUUUUGACUUCAAAAUUCGUUGUAUAAUAAAAAUCUCGCCAUUUUCUUGAAAACACAAAAGCAAAAAAUCUGCUGUUAAAACCUGUGGUUUCUUGUGUCAGCGGGAAGCAAGUCUAUCUAUAAUAGUCUUCAUGUUAGAUAAACUGAAGGUUUUUUGGUUGUGGUCAAAUCCCCGUCCUCAUUAUAAGUGGAAUCAAAUGCCCCUGCCACUGUAAAUUUCUCGACAACAAAUGCCCGCCCCUAGGGAAAAUCCCGAAUGGCAAAUGCCCCUCUCGUGCCCGGGGGGGUGUUACACCUUCGUUUUGAUCGGCGCAUGACAAUGAUAAAUUAAUACAAUGAACCCAGGUUAUUUAACACAAACAAACUUUCCUCAAUCUUCUUAUAAAUAAUUCUGAACACUUCAAUCAGUCAAAAAAAGAAGCAACUUUCUGUUUAGCAAAAUCUGAUAAAAGAUGCUUUUCAAUUUUACAACAUUGUGAUAAUGAAUAGUAAAUAAAAGUAACUAACUUUUAUUCUCCUCGUCACUUUCAGAAAAAAUAUAGUCUAUACAAUACUGAAAAAAUACAAGAUAUAAGAACAUAUUCAUAAAGCUAUUAAACAUGGGGAUAUAAGAAAUGGGCUAUUGCAAUUUUAAAUUGACCCCACCCCCCUCUCCUUAAGCCUCCUCCCACUUGGAAUUCCAAGGUUCUUCGACAGGGAGGGGGCGGAUCAAAAUUGCAAUAGCCCAAUAAUAGAUGCUCUCAAAAGUGUCAAGUUUUAUGAUUUAUAUUAGUGUACCUACCACAACAAUUCAGUCUAUACCUGAUCAUGUGGAUGAAGACAUUUAUUAGGAACAAUCCAUACAGUUUUUUGAGCAAAUAGUCUGCAAAGCCUUUCACCAUUCAAUCUUUGGUCGGCCAUAAGUGCUGAUUCAACCAGUUGAGAACCAACCCCAACCUUGAUUUUAAAGCUUCAGUAAAAAAUAAAUGAAAAUUCAAAUACAGUCCAAAAAUGUAUUGACAGUUAUUACUUCGCAAAGCAUUUUCAUAUAAACUCUCCCCUCCCAUUUUAUGCACCCUUAAUUGUCGAACGGUAUAGCCACAAACCUUGAGCCUUGGAGUUUUUCUACAAAGACCAAACCAAUCUGUUUUUCUAUUUCCUCAUCCGACCAACCUUUUUUAAAGUCAAAUGAACUGAUUACAUGUCCGUUCUUCAUGAGAUCAGCUUUAGCCUUUCCUCUACAGUAACUGUGGUGCAGUCGGUAGGACUGUUUACCAAAACAACGUCUCUUGUAAAAUUCGUGCAUGGGUUUAUUGAGGUGGAUGCUGAAGACCUUUGGUUUCUUCUAUUUCGCAAACGGCUUCUCGCACGGGUGGAUGAACCAAUAGAGGAAUCAAUGGAGCUGAAUGAAGCGACAGUACCUCCUCCUUGCUGUCCUUGAGUAUUUCCAAAUCGAAAAAUGGAACGGAAUUCCUCAACUGGACUGGAAUAUGUCGAUCUCCCAAGGCCAAGAUUUGCAGACGAGUUCGUAGUUGUUGCGUAGUUGUUGCAUUGAGCGAAAUUGUGGGUGAUUCACCACAUUAACAACUGUCCUCAUAUUAUUAGUAUCAUCAGCAGGCGCCGAAGUUGACGAGUUUUCUCCACUGAAUUGGCUUUCUCUUUCUGCCAUGAUGCCGCAAAAUAUCUGCUAAUCUAUUUACUACAUUUCCCGCGUUACUCGUUUCGUUAAUUUAUUACUGAUUUUAAAAUGGGAAGACAUGAAUAGUUAAAAACUCGCCCCAGUCUAUUUCUAUAAACCAUAUCGCGGACCUCUGAUCGCGGACAGUUAUAGUACACUUUGUAUCGUUGUCAGUAUGGUUAUAUCCUAUAUAUUGAUGUGUACAAAAGUUAUACUUUAUAUCACGAGCUACCUCGUGUAUCAUAUCUUACAUCAGAGUGGUAAAUUUGAAAUAUACUUUAUAUCACAAAUCAUUUUUAUUUUGUCAGGUUUGGCGCCCCAUAAUGCAUAUCAGUGGUUGCAAAGAUAUAAUUGACGGAUUGAAAAAUAUUGCAUGGUACUUUAUGGGCAUACUCGAGCAGUUCUUUUUUUAAAUAUCUUUCAAAAACUCGUUAAUAAUUCAUGCCUGAGGAAAACACAAAGAAAAAUCAUAAGCGUGUCCUAUCUUUAUAUGUGAUAGAGAUUUCCCUUGAUUUACAUUAAACUUUAACUUUGAUUUUCUCGACUUACACAACGUAUUUUUUUCAAAAUUAUUUCGCCAAUGAACUUACUAGAUCGAUCGUUUUUGAAGCAAUUUAAAACAUUCGCAGUGCGUGUUUUAUCAGAUCUAAAGAUACUCGGCUUCGCCUCGUAUCUUUAUAUCUGAUAAAACACUGCUGCUCAUGUUUUAAAUAGUACUUGAAUAUCUUUGCAAUGUAUUUCAAAUAUCUUUCUGUAUCUUUUAACUCAUUUACAGUGGAAAUAUACCAAAAAAAGCUUUUUAUUUCUGUUUUUUACUUCCUGAUUAUAUUUUCACUUUACAAUAACAAAAGUGACACUAAUCCUUUAAUCACCAUAGAAAAUAUACUAGCUGUUAAUCUGUGUUGCAACAGCAUCCAAACUCUUGCACCUGUGUGUUACUAAAACGUUGUUAACCAGCUUCAACUGAAUUUUGUGUUAUUUGGUUGUUCACCCUUACCCAGAUUGGUCAGUUGUAUUUUCCUUUAACCAUGAUGCAUUUCGGCCACGAUGUAUAGAUAUAUCAUCUGUUCCGGGUAAAGUAUCACAUCAGCCACUCGCGCUCAUUUCGUCAGGCACUGCGAAAUAUUUCUUGACUUGAAAUUUCAAAUCUUGUCCUUUAUUCAGACUGCUAUUUGAUAGUCAUGCAUGCAUUGAAACGUUGAGCCGUGAUGUUUUAUUCUAAAUUGUACUUGAAGCUGCUAUGUGGAAGAUUUCCCGACAGCCACUCUAAACAUGUAGUUUUUGACGUUUUGACCAAAAGCUCUUCGUCAGGAGAGUUUGUAGGAGUUAUACUGACAUUUCAUUUUCGCCUUAGGAAUUUUACUGCCAGAUAUGCACAGCUCGUGGUCAAACAAAGAAAACGUCAGCACGAAAUCAUGCCAGGUUCAUGUAAACAUUUCGACCAAUAGUCAUGCUUGAGCACCUGUAAAGGCCUGUUUAUUCGAUUACACACGCCAGAAUAAGAAUCUAUACGUCUAAUCGUAUCGUGUAGACAGGCCUUAACACGUGGUCACCCAAACGUAAAACAUAAAAAAGGCAAACUGCAAUUUGCAACGCAGUUUUUCAGAGCAAUCAAAGGUAAAGAGUACUUGAACUUAAUCAGGUUUUUCCCUGCGGGCAUUUGAAUUACUUAAUACAUCCAAACUAAGACGUGUCAAAGAAACAACAUAUAUAUAUAUAUAUGUCUUUAUGCGUUUAUAUUUAAAUGCGUGAAGAUAAACUGAUAAAAGAUGUGUGAACAUGACCUGAAACGAUAGUUUGAUAUUUUUGUAAUUUUUUGUUGACUAGAUUAAUCAGAUCAUUUUAAGAGAUAUAGCUAGAUUUCUAUUGAGAUAAUGUCGAUAAAUUAAUUAAUAAAAUUUAUUGUAUAUAAUUAAUGAAGUGAGUGAAAUUUUAUAUACGUUUCUAAUUCUUGUACAUCAUGCUAAACAUGGAGGACUUUUGUCUGCUCGUGCGCGCGCUUAAAAAG